AUGGCAAGCUCCACCAUCGCUUCAACAAAGAACACUGUGAGAUCGAUUAGCUUGCCCUCGAGGCCUCAUCCGACCAACCUCAUGGUCGAGGACGAGCUCACCAAGCUCAAGUCAUGGGAGGCGAGCUGCUCGAGAGCAAGUACUCCCUCUUCCGGCUCGAUCUUAUCCGGCUUGUCUGGGCUUGAGGAACUGUACGCCUGCCUCGACGAGUUCUUAAACACAACGUCAACCCGGCAGGUCGUGUCCCAUAAUGGGCAUGAGAGCUCUGCCAUCGAUGAGAUCCUGGACGCAUCCGUUAGGGUCCUAGAUGUUUGCGAGGCUGUUAGGGACAUUGUGGGAGAGGUCAAGGAACACGCCCGGGCGCUCACAUCCGCUAUCAGGAGGCGGAAGUGGGACGUGAGCGUCGAGUCCCAUAUAGUUGAGUAUACCGGCCUUAGGAAGAAGGUUAGAAAGGACGCGAAGAGGUUGGUUACAACACUGAAGCUGCUGGACAACAAGCUCACCGCGUCAUCACCACCAUUCAUGAUGCUAGACCAAGACCCCGAGUUCGCAAGGGCGGUUCGCGUCUUACGGGAAGUCAACUCGUCUACCGUUGCUGUGUUCCGGUCUCUUGUGUCUUUCCUGUGGGGCCCGGCCAUGAAGCCGAAGCAAAGUGGGUGGCGGGUGAUCUCGAGGCUGUUGGUGCACAAGGGGACCGUCGGGUGCGAGGAGAGGCAAGAGGAGGGAGUGAAUGAGUUGGAUUGUGUUGAUGAUUCAUUGAAGUAUCUACUACUAUGCAAGAAGGGAGGAGAAGAAGUUGGGAAGCUGACAAGUCAGAUUGUCAGCAAACAAUUCGGAAAUUUGGAGGUUUGUGUUGGGAGCAUUGAGGAUGGCCUUGAGUGCUUGUUCAGGAGAUUGAUCAGAUCAAGGGCUUCCCUUUUGAACAUAAUCUCCCAAUAG